AUGACCUCACCAGAGCCUGGUCCUGGAUUUCUGACGGCUGGGCCCGCGACCCCGAUCCAUCCGUGUUCAUCUUUCGUCCGUCGUUUAGGGAAAAGUCACAAAAUACGCCGAAAAGAAAAAUCUUCAGUAUCGGCAGUAGCCCAUUUAAGAAACCCACCUACGUUUGCAAACGAAAUCAAAGGCAUCCAUUUUGGAAAUUGCACCAGAACUAUGCCGUUUCGAGAGGACGGAUGUCUUCUGGAGUCAGUUAGAGACUUCAACCGGCGGGGCUGUACUAGGAAAUGUGGGCACGUGUGCCUUGGGCAUGGAGAGGAGAAGCGCGAACCUAGAUACACCGCCCAUUCAGAAGAAUGA